AUGGACCCGUGGACACAGAAACAACGCACCACCAUUGUCAUUGGUGCAGAUGUUACGCAUCCUGGUGUUACUUCGGCAGAAGGCACGCCGUCCAUUGCCGCCGUCGUUGGCAGCGUUGACGACCAGUUCACGCAGUUUCCGGGCUCUACGCGUUUGCAGCGCAGCCGCAAGGAAGAGAUCGUUGAGUUGGGUGAUAUGGUCAAAGAGUGUCUCAUCGACUGGGCAGUAAAGCACGAGGACAAGCUACCCACCCAUGUCCUCUUCUACCGUGAUGGCGUCUCCGAGUCGCAAUAUGAGGCGCUGCGCAAUUACGAGAUUCCACAGAUCAAGCAGGCUUUCAAGUGGGCGCAGGAGUAUCUCGAAUCGAAGCGGAAGCCAGAAAGGAAGCCUUCUGACCAUGACUUCAAGUUGAUUUACGUGGUCGUUGGCAAGAGGCACAACACGCGCUUCUACCGGCUGAACGAAGAGGACAAGAUUCGCGGAAGGAAGAACAACCCGAACUUGAAGCCUGGUUUUGUCGUCGACACCGUCAUCACUCACUCACACAGUUUCGACUUCUACCUGCAGUCUCACAACCCCAUUGUCGGCACUGGCAGGGCGGCUCACUACUUCGUCCUGAAGAACAACAUGGACUUGACUGACAAGGAGUUGCAGCAGGUGACGCACAACUUCUGCUAUGCCUACUCUCGUGCGACCAAAGGCGUCUCGUACUGCGCCCCCGCUUACUACGCCGACCGGCUCUGCGAUCGCGGGCGUGCCUACCUUCGUCACUGGCUCAAGCGUAGGUAG